AUGCUGAGAGGGAUUGUACCUAGGGGUGGUCCAAGGAACUCAGCAUCUAGACUUGGCUCCCAGCUGCCAAAAUCUUGCUAUGUUUCCUGCUUUUGCCUCUUGCUCUUCUUAAGCCAGGCUGCCUUUCUUCAGGGACAUCCACAGUGCCUGGAUUAUGGGCCUCCCUUCAAGCCCCCUGUGCACCUGGAGUUCUGCUCUGAUUAUGAAACUUUUGGCUGCUGUGAUCAGAGCAAGGAUCGCCGCAUUGCUGCUCGCUAUUGGGACAUCGUGGAGUAUUUAGAUCUGAAAGGCCAUGAGCUGUGUGGUGAUUAUAUCAAGGACAUCCUAUGCCAGGAGUGCUCACCCUAUGCAGCUCACCUCUAUGAUGCUGAAAACCCUCAGACACCCCUCCGGAAUCUCCCAGGCCUUUGCUCUGACUACUGCUCGGCAUUCCAUUCCAAUUGCCACUCUGCCGUCUCUCUGCUGACUAAUGACCACCGUCUCCGGGCAUCCCAGGAGAAGAAUGGAGCCCACUUUUGCCACCUCCUCAAUCUUCCAGACCAGGACUACUGUUUCCCCAAUGUGCUGAGGAAUGACAACCUCAAUCGCAAGCUUGGAGCUGUAGUAGAGGACCGGAAGGGCUGUUUGCAACUCUGUCUGACUGAGGUGGCCAAUGGGCUGAAGAACCCUGUCUCCAUGGUGCAUGCUGGGGAUGGAACUCAUCGCCUCUUUGUUGCUGAGCAGAUUGGAGUGGUGUGGGUCUAUUUGCCAGAUGGGAGUCGAUUAGAGGAGCCUUUCCUGGACCUUAAGAGCUUGGUGUUGACAACCCCAUGGAUAGGUGAUGAGAGAGGCUUCUUGGGCUUGGUUUUCCACCCCAGAUUCCGACGCAAUCUCAAGUUCUAUAUUUACUACUCAUGCCGGGGCAAAAAGAAAGCAGAGAAAAUUCGUAUCAGUGAGAUGAAGGUUUCUCAGGCUGAUGUCAAUAAGGCUGAUAUAAACUCAGAAAGGGUCAUCCUGGAGUUAGAAGAGCCAGCUUCCAAUCAUAAUGGGGGGCAACUCCUCUUUGGCCUUGAUGGCUAUCUGUAUAUAUUCACUGGGGAUGGUGGAGAAGCUGGAGACCCCUUUGGCAAGUUUGGAAAUGCUCAGAACAAGAGUUCACUGCUGGGAAAAGUGUUGAGGAUAGAUAUAAACCGGAGAGGCUCAGAUAACAAGCGUUACGGGAUCCCUCCAGAUAACCCCUUCGUCUCGGAGCCUGGGGCUCACCCCGCUAUCUACGCAUAUGGGGUCAGGAACAUGUGGCGCUGUGCAGUCGAUCGAGGCGACCCCACCACCCAGAAGGGCCGAGGCCGGAUAUUCUGUGGUGAUGUGGGUCAGAACAGGUUUGAAGAGGUGGACCUCAUUGUUAAAGGAGGGAAUUAUGGCUGGAGAGCUAAGGAAGGCUUUGAAUGUUAUGACAUUAAACUCUGUCAUAAUGCCUCUUUAGAUGACAUCCUGCCGAUCUAUGCUUAUGGCCAUUUGGUGGGAAAGUCAGUCACUGGAGGAUACGUGUACCGGGGGUGUGAAUCCCCAAAUCUAAAUGGCCUCUACAUCUUUGGGGACUUUAUGAGUGGUCGACUUAUGGCUUUGCAGGAAGAUGAGAAAACAAAUACAUGGAAAAAACAAGACAUCUGCAUUGGCAACACUAAGACCUGCGCCUUCCCAGGACUGAUCAGCACCUACAGCAAGUUCAUUAUUUCCUUUGCUGAGGAUGAAGCAGGAGAGCUGUAUUUUCUGGCCACCUCUUAUCCGAGUGCCUAUGCACCACAUGGAUCCAUCUACAAGUUUGUUGAUCCUUCUAGGCGAGCGCCCCCAGGCAAAUGCAAAUACAAACCAGCACCUGUCAAAGCCAAGAGCAAGCUGAUUCCCUUCCGGCCACUUGCCAAGACUGUCCUGGAGCUGCUAAAAGAACAGUCAGAGAAAGCUGCUAGAAAAUUGGCCAAAGCAGCAUUAGCUUCUGGUACUCGAAACAGGGGCUCUUCUCAGAAAGCGUCCUCUAAGAAGUCAGCUUCUCCUAAAGGUACCCAGAAAUUGCCUGCCAAGCCUAGACCCAGGCCCAGGAAGAAGACUCCUGGAACAUUUGGCAAGCGCCAGGCAAAAGCCAGAAGACUUUCCACUAGACCUCAGGAGAAGAGAACUAGGGCCUUAGGAACCAGCAGCACCACACCCAAUGGCAGCCAACAUGGAGGCAGGGUUGGUAGGAGUCUUCCUUCUGCCUUUUUUUCUCCUGAUAGUCAGCAGCUGAGAGUGGGGGAAGGGGAAGAGGGCCCAUCUCAGAGGCUCUGAUUCAGCCCCAGCCCCAGCCCCAGCUUAAUUGAAUAAUUAUUGGAGAGCUGAGACUGACAUUGAAACCAGUGUGGUUUUUCUUUUCAUGCAACUCUAUCCAUGAGUCCACUGGUGCUAAUUUUGCUACUAGCACACAAGGAUGGCAAUGCAUGGGUACUGCUUUUUUGGAACCCCUGAUUCUAUUUUACUGAUUCUAUCUCAAAUUCUCAUGACAACCUCAAACUAAUAUAAGCCCCUUCAGGGCACGGGCUAUUUCAUUUUUGUCUUUAUAUAUUUAGCACAUAAAGGGCAUGCAAUAAAUGCUUUUUGAAUUAAUUGAAUCAAAAUGUCCAGGCAAACAUCAAGGUAAUGUAAGUUCCUUAAGGAUAGGAUUUGUUUAAUUUUUGCCUCUGUAUCCCUAGUACCUAGCACAGUGCCUGGCACAUAACUAGGUGCUUAAUAAAUGCUUGAAUUGGUGAAUAAA